AUGCCUAGGGAGUCCCUUGACAACCAUCACCAAGCAGACCACUAUGCGAGGGCUCACGGCUUGACGAUCGACAGUCACCGUCCCAUAUGGCCCAGCCAGUUUGAGAAUGACCGUCUCAUUGCCUUGACAAUUUCGAACCUUCCGCCGGGACAGCUCAUCGAGAAUUCCCAGCUUCAGGAGCUCCUCUUUCGUUCCAUCAUUCCUACACCGGAGCACUGGCAGGUGCCCGCCAAGUCGCUGCAUCUGCUUCAGCAGGUUGUCACCCGGGCUAGUGAAGCAGAUAUUCAAACACUCACUUCGCAAGCAUGCUCUUCGGAGUCUGCGGAAUGGAGAAACCUCAAGUUGGAAGCUCCUGCACUGCGCAGUGACCAUGGGACCGACUGCCGCCGGCUAGACCGACGGCUGAAAGGUUUUUUGAAGCCGUCAUUACCAGAUCAUAGGCUUCCGCUCGAUCCGGCUGAUAUAAACAAGGGUGAAGCGCUUGAGUUUCCCCCAACUGCGAAGGCAACGGAUGCAGAUAUGAUGAGAGCCAUUGAGACCGAAAAACUGGAAGUAAAUAAGGCAACACUCGCGUACUUGCUCCGGGGCUUGGACGCAAGCUGGACAGAAGAAGAGCAUCGGGAGUUUGUUGGACAGAGCUCAACCUACUCCGGGGUUGGAAGCAGGGAACCCUUGACGCCCCCAUUAAGUCCCCUGAAGGAGACACUUCCGGAAUACUUCGUCCCCGACGAAGAAGCCUGCAAUAUACCAGAUCCAUCUAAUGGCAGCUCACGGCUAAGCGAAGACAUACACAACGCAGACCGCAGGAUAUUGGAAGCAGACGACAUAUUCUGGGCACAGGCGCUUGAGCGUAAUGCCUCGCCCGAGCGAUACGAGGAUAUUGAUGUGCCAGAGAUCAUCAGAAACGGCGAGUUUCAACCAAGGCACCUGGCGUCGACUCCACAGCCUGUUUCUCGAGACCUAAAACUCGACGUUCCGCUCAUCACAUGCGAAGAUACCGACAAUAGCGCUGAGAAGCCGACGCGGGUCCUUGCCCCGGAAGAACUGGCAAAGGCCAAGCUCUUGGUAGCAAGCAGUGAUGCGCCUUCGAGUUCGGAUGGAGGUGGCCAGCUUGUCAGCUUUUUCCGAGAGAAAGCGAUUACUGUGAUGCGAUCCGUGGAGCAGGAGAAACUCCAACCGCUUGAUGCUACAGCCAGAGUACCCGUUCCAAUCAUGGACUUUUCCCUUCCAAGGCUUGAGUGGGAAGAAUGUCUUUGGGAUGCCAAAGCAAUGUUUCUGUGGAUCUGGGGGAAUACCGCCGUCGACUCGCAAGGACCCAAAUGGACGCACAAUCGAGCGGCCGAGCAGAGAAUGGUUUGGGUGCCAUUAGCUCAUAUGAAGGAAAAGAAGCUGGUUUCUGAGUCGAUCGAGGUAGAUCAGGGCGUCAUGGAUUCCUUCUCAACGGUAUGCCGGGACUGUGACGUUCUAACCAGUGCCGAUUACGUCUAUAAACCGCCAGGGUUGGCAGUUCUUCGGGCAGCCGAUGACGAAGACGAUGAGGACGAUUAUAUCGCACCUCUUGAAUCGUUUGAACAGCCCACAUGCAGUUCCCAGCACGCGAGCAUGCAGAGAAGCAUACCGGCACAUUCAGUAGCCGGCAUAGAUGCGAGUGGCAACGACAAAUCGCUCAUAAGCGCCAAGAUAGUAUCGCCUCCAGCUUCUUUGGCAACUCUUCUCAGCGGAAAAAAGCGUCUCAUCGAAGAGACUCUCCAGAAAAGGCAUUCACCUGGGAGGCAAAACAGGGAAUUCGAUAUACCCCAUGGCAUGACGGCCAUCGAUAUCAUCGAUGAAGCCCUGAUCCCUUCGACAAACGUCCUAAGAGGGUUUGUGAGCGAGUACACCGAUUUCGCGCCGCUGGUAGACAAUUUUGUCGAGAUGAACUUCGCGAAAAAGCCUAAAUUGACCCACAGCUCUUUCUUCGAGCAGUCCAGCAAAGCAACGUCAGCCGCAGCAAAGACAGAGUCAAAAGCAAACGAUGAGGCGGCAAAGCUGAUGCCGCCGCCGCCCAAACCUAUCCCAGCCCUCGCCCCUGACUUCAAGCCCCCCAAUCCUCCGCCAAGAAUUGUCGUAUCCUCCGACACCUCCAAGCUCAUAACCAACCAGCUGGAAAAGCUUCUCCCGGGUAUUGAGCUCAUCUCGCGCGACUACGACAAGCGUCGACCACCAGGGUGGUCGCCAGGCAUUGGACCCCCUUACAUGGACGAGGCGGACGUCGUGGUCUCCCCGGCAACCGGCAUCCUGCUCACAACAAUGGUCAGGCUCCGGCAGAAACCUCUCCCCGGCCAGACAGCGCCAGAAACAGCGACAAACCUCCGGCAGGUGGCCCAGAACGUGGCUACCCGCUACGAGCGCCUCGUCGUGCUCGUGUCAGAGGGGAACAAGCACAGCGAGACAGCCAGCCCGCUGUCGCAGUCCGACGCCCAGGCGCUUGCCGAGUUCCAGGGCUUUGCGGCCGGUUUGGGGGUGGCCGAGAUGCAGGUUGUGUAUGUCGGCGGCGGGGUUGAGACGCUGGCAAAGUGGCUUGCCGCGAUCGUCUGUACCUAUUCUUGGGAGGCAGGGGAACUGGGGCAUUUGCUGCUCGAGGUCGAGACGUACUGGGAGGUGUUCCUGUGGCGGGCGGGGAUGAACGUGUUCGCCGCGCAGAUUGUACUCGGGAUGCUGAAAGUGCCUGACGGGCGGAAGGCAAUUGGCGACGGCGAAGGGGGCGGACAGGUGAGUGGCCUGCCCUUGUUUGUGAUGAUGUCGCGGGAGCGGAGGGCCGCACUGUUUGAGGAGGUGUUGCAGGGCGGAAGGGUUUUGAGCAGAGUGAGCGAGGUGCUCGAUCAGGCUUGGAGCCAGAAAACCAUUGACGCUCAAUAUCUACAUUUGGGGGUUGAUUCUGGCUUCCAAGACUUACGCGAUACGUGGGCGUGAUGGUGGGGAGCUUCUGGAUUGUGUUUGCUGCGAUUGCUGGCGUGUCUUGGAAAACCUUGCUCCCCCCGGGAUAGGACUUUGCUAUACGUGUAUCUUCGCUGUUGUUAUCCGGAUGUGGAGGAAUCUCUGCUAUGUCGCUUCAAUUGCACAUUCAGCGUCUGGUGAGGUGUCAGGGUGGCAAUAGGUGAUAAACCGCCAACGGUCUUGGAGGUUGUCGUCAAGGCUCAGAUUCCU